AUGUGGAUCUCAGACACAGACGAUGCAUCCGACACAGAAAACCCGGCGAAGACAAUGCGUGUUGGCCUUGGGCGAAUAUUCGAUGGCGUGGCACCGCAAAAGCUACCGGCUCCAGAAGACCUUCGCAAACUCUUCCUCAGGAACGAAAUGAAUCCACUUCCGAGGGAAAAGACGCCCAAGAUAGACACAACUCGGCAUAUCGCCCGUCAUAUCGCCCGUGAGCGCUAUGUCAACAACAGCUGGACACGCCGAGGACUGGGCCUGGACGCAGCAUUCGGUGUGGUGGAUGGCCAAAGGGCCAAAGGGCCGAAGGGCCGGUGGAACAUACGUGAAUCUGUCACUUGUUUUUUCGAGAUGUAG